CUCUCUGUGAUCCACUGCUCUGCUCUGGCCUACAUGCUGCAGAUGUCAGAGGAGGUUCUGGAUGAGUUGGACCUGGAUCAGUACAACACAUCAAAGGAGGGACGACGGAGACUGAUUCCAGCUGUGAGGAACUGCAGGAAGGCCAAACUCACUCACUGUGAACUCUCAGAGACUGAAUGUGAAGUCGUGGCCUCAGCUCUGAAGUCUGACCCCUCUCAUCUGAGAGAUCUGGACCUGAGUGACAACACUCUGAAGGAUCCAGGAGUGGAGCUGCUGAGUUCUGGACUAAAGAGUCCAAACUGCAGACUGGAGGCUCUCAGUUUAGACUGUGACAUGAUGACCUACGUGGAUGUUUAG